CUUUUCACACUUGUGUCAUUAUCGACGCCAGCUUAUCUUAGCCACUAUGGCUUUUGGUAGAAAUUUAUUGGUCCUUGUCUGCCUUUUCUUACCACCUUUUGUGGAGUGUUCAGUAGAUACUACUAGAGAACUGGAAACUAAUGGAACUAUCGUUGUCCAAGACUGCAUUGCUGUCCUUGACCAUUCUGGUAUCUUUGAAUAUGAUGAUCAGAUGCUUCGUCGGAUUGCAUAUGCUGAGACGCAAGAUGGUAAUGAUCCAAGCACGUAUUCCAGCUUUAAUGGAGGAAUAUGGGGAUUGAAUGAAACCAAGUAUAACGAGACUAAGAUGAAUGCUCAUAAUAUCAUACAGCUCAAAGAAGCAAUGCCAAAAAUAUCCGGAAUUCUUGGUAUAAACUGGUUGAAUACUACAUGGGAUGACCUGAGGAAGCCACUGUACUCUGCAAUAGCUUCAAGGCUCUAUAUGCUUAUCUUAGCCAACUCUACCAUAAAUAUACCGCUUGGCUCUAAAGUGAGUGACCAGGGAGUAUACUGGUCCAGGCACUACACUAGCUCUAAUGGGACUGCAUCUGAUUUUGUAGACGGAGUCACCGAAUUAGAAAAAAUGUAUCUGGAAAAUUGCCACGUCAGUCAUUUGGAUUUGGUUUUUAUCUUGGAUUCAUCUGGUAGUGUGGGCUAUAAUAACUUCCAGGUAGUCAAAGCAUUUACUUUUAACAUUACAAAUAGCUUUGAAGUCGAUCCUGAUCACAUACGCGUGGGUGUAAUAACAUAUGCAACAAAUACUAUUAUCCAAUUCUAUCUGAGCACUUACAAGACAAAGUCCCAAGUACUGCAGGCUAUCUCGAAUCUUACCUACACAGCAGGUGCUACAUAUACUCAUACUGCACUUGAUACUGCAAGAACAGUCCUGUUUACUGAAUCCAAGGGUGCCCGCCCAGCUAGUCAAGGAGUACCUCGCAUUGUAGUGGUUUUAACUGAUGGUGCAUCUACCAGUCGUUCAUCUACAUUGACUUCAGCUGCUGCAAUACAUGCUGCUGGUAUCAUUGCAUAUUCUGUUGGGAUAGCUAAUGCACUUGAAGCUGAGCUGCAAGCUAUAGCAACAAAGCCAUCUUAUGUCUACCUUGCCACAUUUGAUGAGAAACUUCUUGAAUCAGUUACAAUUAGCAUCAGCAAACAAGCAUGCAUAGCCUCACCAACGGUACAACCGAAUUAUAUCAUUUCUGAUCAAGUUGAUCGUGCUGAAACAAAAUACUUAAAUUUUCCAUUUGUUAGCAACCUUGGAAUAACAAUAUUUCUAAAUGUUACCAAUGGAUCUGCUGUAUUAUAUGCAUCAUCAGUUAUCUCAGCGCCAAAUAAAGGUUUUUAUGAUUUUACUAUGAUGGCUAAUGACUUUGCAAAUGGUUACCUAAUGCCUGUUAAUCUCAGUAAUCAGAGUGCUGACACAAUAUAUGUUGCUGUUGAAGGAAUAGAUGAAUCAAAUUCCAUUCAUGUGCAUGCAAGUCCAGGAGAUGCUACUUUAGAGCCAAUUAUGAUGGAAGAGCUAUCUAAGGACAAAAUUGUUCAGUUUUAUGGCGAAACAGUCAUGAUGACAUGUAGAGCUACUGGUAAACCUCUGCCAGUUGUUACUUGGUUCAGGAAUGGAGGAAUAAUCACUCAAAGCAAUAUUGAUGUGACAACCACUCCUGUUGAUAGCAGUACAGUUGAGAGUGUUAUCACCAUCAGUAAUAUCGCACCAACUGAUGAUGGAUACUAUGAAUGUGUUGGGAAUAAUCGUCUACCAAAUGGAACAAUUCCUGCAAGGCGUUCUUUUCUACUUGAAGGUGUUUCACAAAAGAUAAUACAUCGAAUAAGCUGUGAAUUAUAAAUAAAACUUGUUUCUUGAAUUGUUGAGUACAUGUGUAGUUAGAUGCACUAUCUUUUAAUAGAAUCAUAGAAUCAUCACUG